GUCACACCAUCAAACGCACCGCACAAAAUGACAUAAAAUUUGACGCCGCCAUUGAAAUUAAACAUUACGACUACAGUUUUAGUUGAAGCGGUUCAUAUCUAUCAAAGUUUCUACGAAUAAUUGAGUCAAUUACAGUUUCUACCGGCAAAAGAAUUCAAAGAAAAAUUCUUUGCGCAAGAUGAACAACAGGAGAAGAGGUCAUGAUGACGAUGAAGGCUACGGUGAUCGCCGUAAAAGACGUCGCGUUUUGCCGGAAAACCAAGAGAUCGAGGACCGAUUGGAAUCACUUAUUCUGCGUGUUGGUGAAAAGAGCACAUCAACACUCGAAUCCAAUUUGGAGGGCCUUGUGUCGGUAUUGGAAGCAGAUUUGGGCACAUUUCGUUUGAAGAUUUUGCGGAUUCUGUCCGAAUGUGCCAUUAAAAUGCCGGAAAAGUGUACGAUCUACACGACCCUAGUAGGUCUGCUGAAUGCAAAAAAUUACAAUUUUGGUGGUGAGUUCGUCGAUCAUAUGGUGAAAACAUUUAAAGACAGCCUGAAGGCCUGCAAAUGGGAUGCUGCCAGAUAUUCGUUGCGAUUUUUGGCUGACCUGGUCAACUGUCAUGUCAUAUCAGCUGCAUCGUUGCUGGUGUUGUUGGACAACAUGAUUGAUGUGUCCAAUGAAGAUAUGGUGCCACAGGUGCGUCGCGAUUGGUACGUAUUCGCUGUUCUGUCGACACUACCAUGGGUGGGACGUGAUUUGUACGAAAAGAAAGAAUCCGCCCUGGAAAGUCUGUUGGUUCGCAUUGAAGUGUUUCUGAACAAACGCACCAAAAAGCAUCACAACGCCCUGCGAGUGUGGUCAGUGGAUGCACCGCAUCCGCAAGAGGAGUAUCUGGAUUGCCUCUGGGCACAAAUAAGAAAGUUGCGUCAAGACAAUUGGGCGGAGAAGCACAUUCCGCGGCCGUAUUUGGCUUUCGAUUCGAUUUUGUGCGAAGCGUUGCAACACAAUUUGCCAGUCAUCAAUCCGCCACCACAUCACGAAACCUAUGAGUAUCCAAUGCCAUGGGUGGUUUAUCGGAUGUUUGACUAUACCGAUUGUCCGGAUGGACCGAUUCUACCCGGUGCACAUUCGAUCGAACGAUUCUUGACGGAAGAACAUCUUCACCACAUCAUCGAAACGCAUCAUUUGGAGCGAAAAGAUUGUGCCGCUCAUCUGCUGAACUUUCCGUACAAAAGCAAAAUUCCACUGGAGUACUGCAUUGUCGAGGUGAUUUUCGCCGAAUUGUUUCACAUGCCGACGCCCCGUUACUUGGACGUCUGCUACGGAUCCAUUUUGAUUGAAUUGUGCAAAUUGCAACCGUCAACGUUGCCACAGGUGCUGGCUCAAGCGACGGAAAUUCUGUUCAUGCGAAUCGAUUCGAUGAACACGUCCUGUUUCGACCGAUUUGUCAAUUGGUUUUCGUACCAUUUGAGUAACUUCCAGUUCAGAUGGUCAUGGGACGAUUGGGACAGUUGCCUGUUGCUGGAGCCAGAGCAUCCGAGACCAAAGUUUAUUCAGGAAGUUCUUCAGAAAUCUUUGAGAUUGUCGUACCAUCAACGCAUUCGCGACAUGAUGCCAGAGACUUACGCGAAAUUGAUUCCCAUUCCGAGUGCACCCACUUAUAAAUACAGCAGUGAAGGAGCUGCUUCUCUACCGGGAACGGCAACCGCCCAUCAAUUGGUCAUGGCCAUUCGACAAAAGUGUACAAUCGAGGAGGCAAUCAAUGUGCUGAAAGAUCUACAGAAUCCCGAAGAAAUGGACAGUGACAUGACCGAUUCCCAGUUCAAUCCACUGAAAAUCGAUGUAUUCGUUCAGACACUGCUGAACUUGGGCUCGAAAAGUUUCUCGCACAGUUUUGCGGCGAUUUCGAAAUUUCACUCUGUGUUCAAGCAUUUGGCUCAAACGGAAGAGGCACAAAUUUGUAUUUUACACAAUUUGUUUGAGUUAUGGCACACACAUCAGCAGAUGUUGUGUGUGUUGAUUGAUAAACUGCUGAAAACGCAAAUCGUUGAAUGUUCGGCCGUUGCGACAUGGAUCUUUUCCAAAGAAAUGAACAGCGAGUUCACCAAAAUGUAUUUGUGGGAGAUACUCCACUUGACGAUCAAGAAAAUGAACAAACAUGUCAUCAAAUUGGGGAGUGAACUGAACGAAGCCAAGGAGAAACUGUCACGGGCCGAUACAUCAUCCAGCGAUUCGGAAGAUGAAGGGAUAACCAAGCGAAAGAAGGUUGAAUCAGCUGACAAGCCAACCGAAGAGAUGGUCGAGAAAAUGGAAGAGAAACUGGAAGCAGCCAAUGUGGAUCAGAAGCGGCUCUUUUUGAUCGUAUUCCAACGAUUCAUCAUGAUCUUAUCGGAACAUCUAGUGCGAUGCGACACGGAUGGACGAGACUUUGAUACGGAUUGGUAUCGCUGGACGAUCGGACGAUUACAGCAAGUGUUUCUGAUGCAUCAUGAGCAGGUGCAAAAAUACAGCAGCACAUUGGAAACUCUGCUGUUCACAUCUGAUUUGGAUUCGCACAUUUUGGAUGUUUUCCUACAGUUUGUUGCCUUACGCGCAUAAGAUCCUGAUUCGCUAACAAAUUAUUAUUGGACUCACUUUGCGGUAUGACUUGUUAAAGUUACAUCGAACUUAACUAUGUACUAGGCUAGCGUAGCCAAGGAUUAAAGUAAAUAUUCACAAAAUUG